UACCCUAAAACUACGAAACGAUGAAUCCGCUCGACAAAAUUCACGCUCUUGACGAGAUCGAAAAGGAAAUAAUCCUGUGCAUGCAGAGUGCAGGACAAGCCUUACAGGAGUUAGGCAAAGAGAAGUCCUCUCAGAAAAAUGCCGAAACACAAUCCCAGCAAUUCCUCAAAAGCUUGUCCAGCGUAGAAUCGAAACUAUCUGAGCAGAUCAACUACUUGACCCAGGUGUCCACUGGUCAGCCACACGAGGGCUCCGGCUAUGCGUCCGCCAAAGUGCUUCAAAUGGCCUGGCACCGUAUCCAGCAUGCCAGAUCCAGAGUUCGUGAGUUAGAGGAGACCAAGGCCAAGCACUCACAUGCCGCCCGUCAGCAGUUAAAGCGCCAGCAAGAACAUGCCGCCGCCCAGCAGCAGCAACAACAACAACAACAGCAGAUGCAACAGGCAGCACAGCAGCAACAACAGGCGGUCGGAGGAAACGCCGGUGGAGGCGAUCAUCCCAUGGGCAGCGACUCUUCCAUGUCGACAAACUAAUCACGGGUAUAUGUUUAAGGGUGGGGAUUUAAUUUUUUUAAAAGUGAAUCAAUUACAGCAUUUGUUCAUUUUUUAAAUAAAAAAUAUACAAA